UAAUUAUUUUUAAUUAUUGUUUUAUUUUUGGCUAGCAGUGAACAUUCUAUCUGCUUUGCUGUCCCUAAGAAGGAAGUGAAAGCAGCUACAAAGGCAUAAGAGGCCAGAUUUCAUCAAGCUUUAAGUGAUGGACGUCUUUCUCAAGCAUUGACUUUUUUCUUGACCUUUUUUAUAAAAACUUUCACCUACAAUUUUCACCAACUUUUUACAUAAUAAAUGUUAGUUACAUUUUUGUGACAGGUGGCAGUGAUUCCAAACUGUAGCAUUCUUGCAGCAGUUGGCUAGAAAAUGGCAAGUACUCUAGAUGUCAGUGCAACUCUAUUCAAUGCACUUGCAAAGGCUAAUAUUAAUGUGAGAGCUAUAACACAAGGGUGCUCUGAGUACAACAUCACUAUAGUUGUAAAAAAUGAAGAUUGUGUAAGAGCCUUAAGAGCAGUUCAUUCAAGAUUCUAUGUUUCAAAAGCUUCAAUAGCUGUGGGUAUUAUUGGGCCUGGGCUUAUUGGUGCCACUUUACUUAAUCAGCUUAGAGAACAUGCAGCAGUGCUGAAGGAAAAUCCAACACAUAUUUACGUGUCAUGGGAAUCCUUGGAUCAAAGAAAAUGCUGCUGAGUUACACGUAAGUUUCAUUU